AUGUAUUUACAGAAGCGGAUAUCACCAUUCAGAGAACUGUAAUGUACAAUCUAAAGCAAUUAUACCCAAAAGCAACAAUCAUAGGUACUGUCAGUGCUGUUUUUGAUUAUUUUAGGUGAGGAGGAUAUAAAUGAUUCGAACUAUGCAUCUUCAAGACCUUACAUAUAUCCAGAUUAAAUUGACAAAUAGCAUAUCUCAUAAAAGAUGCUUCUCGAGAACUACAAAAUACACAGUACAGCCUAUAGAGACUAUAUUAGAGAGCAGGAAAACUUGUUUGGACAAGAAGCAACUGAUGCUGAUUGGAAUUUUUACGAAUUUCCAGAUGAAUUUUUCGAGGAUGAGAUGGUAAUUUGGAUAGAUCCUUUAGAUGGAACUAAGGGCUUUACUGAGGGACAUUUUCAUCAUAUCACAAGUAUGAUAGGAGUUACAGUAAAAAACAGACCUAGGAUCGGAAUAAUACAUAAGCCUUUUUAUAAUGAGUAGUAUGAUUAGGGUAGGACAUACUUUGGGACACCUGAAUGUGGACUUUUUAUUAAGGAAAAAUUCUCCAAAUAGGUUAGACGUAUUCAGAGAGUGACUCCUUUAAUACCUUUUCCUACUGAUGACGCAGUCGACGAUAAUGAUUACAAAAUGUGGGUAUGUGGAUCAUUUAAUGAGAACUAAUCAGUGAUGAAUGAUAUUAUAUCUGCUUUAAAACCAAUUAAUGUUGCAAAAGUGGCUGGUUCAGGGAACAAGAUCAUCUAUAUCUUAGAUUAAAAAGCAGACUGCUAUUUAAAUCUAGUACCUGGCUUUAAGUAUUGGGAUAUGUGUGCAUCAGAAGCACUAAUUUAGGCAAAAAUGGGCAUAGUUACAGAUGCAUAUAAGCGUCCACUAAAAUAUGACCACACAACAAAUAAUUACACCAUUAAAAAUGGCAUUAUUGUCGCCAAAAAUAAGAAGGUAUAUGAUGUAUGUAUGCAAAGAGUAUAAGAUGCUCUAGGUACUGAUAUCUCUGCUCUUCAUCAGUAAAUUUCAAGAGAAAUUCAAGAGAAAAAAUUGUAAUAAUAGAUGUAAUAAAGCAAUGAUCACUUUCAAAAAGUUAUAAAGAUUGAGAAAGCAAAAGACAGACUAAAUGAAUUCACAUGA